CAUACAAUUGAUGACUAUGUCUCGUUGAAUUGAAAGUGCCCAUAUAAUGAUUUAUAAUUACUAUAAAACUCCCCAGGGGUGGGUGUUCGGGUUUACACAUCAUUUUCUCUGUUUUUGGUUUUCAACAUUCAUCUUACUGAUUACUAAAAUGUUAAUGUUUGACUAAUGUACAGAGACAGGACGAGUGACAACUAAGAGUGAUGUGUACAGCUUCGGAGUGAUUCUAAUGGAGCUGAUUACAGGAAGAAAGGCACUAGAUCAGACCCAGAAGGAGGAGAGUGUUCAUCUCGUCACAUGGUUCCGCAGAAUGCAUAACAAGAAGGACACAUUCCGGAAGGCUAUUGACCCAACAAUUGAUCUUGAUGAAGAAACGGUUGCCAGUGUCAGCACUGUUGCUGAGCUGGCUGGACACUGCUGCGCAAGGGCUUCAUCUCAGAGACCUGACAUGGGUCACGCCGUCAACGUACUCUCAUCUCUCACCGAGCUUUGGAAACCAUCAGACCCUGAUGCUGAUGACAUUUAUGGAAUCGACUUUGAUAUGACGCUGCCACAAGCAGUCAAGAAGUGGCAGGCUCUGGCUACGUCUUCAUCAGCUUUACUUGGCAGCGGUGACAAUAGCCAAUCGGUCAUUUAAGGGUUCAUUUGCAUCUGCAGAUGGGA